GGGGUGCGUGAUGACGUCACGCAGGAAAGUACACAUUCUCACGGUGCUGCAUUGAACCGAAAACAACAAGGCAGACAGCAACGGUUAUUCACACAGUGACCGGCCCAUGACACCUUCAUAGAAACACGAACCUGCGACACAACAAUGGAGAAACCUCCCUUCAGACAGAACCAGAACUGCGGAGACUGGGAGGUGAAGGAGAGGCUGGGGAUGGGCGGAUUCGCUCAUGUUUACCUCUACCAACAUCAUGAAACAAACGAGAAGCUAGCUGUGAAAAUGUGCCGUCUGGAGCUCACAGCAAGAAACAAGGACAGAUGGAGCAGAGAGAUCCAGAUCAUGAAAAAGUUGAAUCACAUAAACGUCGUGACAGCUCGAGAUGUCCCGGAUGAAAUGAAGCACAUAGCCCUGAAUGAUCUCCCGCUGCUGGCCAUGGAGUACUGCUCGAGAGGAGACCUGAGGAAGAUGCUGAGCAAACCUGAAAACUGCUGCGGCCUGAAAGAGAGUGAAGUGCUCUCGUUACUCAACGAUGUUGGUUCUGGUAUCCAGUAUCUGCACGAAAACAAGAUCAUCCACAGAGACCUGAAACCUGAAAACAUAGUGCUGCAAGACAUCAACGGGAAGCUGGUCCACAAAAUUAUUGACCUGGGCUACGCUAAAGACCUGGACCAGGGGAGUCUGUGCACCUCCUUCGUCGGCACACUUCAGUACCUGGCUCCAGAGCUCUUUGAAAACAAGCCGUACACCGUCACGGUCGACUACUGGAGCUUUGGCACGAUGAUCUUUGAAUGCAGUUGUGGUUUCCGUCCAUUCCUGCACAACCUCCAGCCUGUGCAGUGGGCGAGCAAAGUGAGGAACAAAGGUCCAAAAGACAUCAUGGCUGUGGAGGACCUGAACGGAGAAGUCAAGUUCUCCACCAAACUCCCGUACCCGAACAACCUCAGCGGGACUCUGAGUGGGCCGAUGGAGACUCUGCUGCAGCUGAUGUUAAAAUGGGAUCCGUUCCAUAGAGGAGGGAACCCCAGCUCAGAAGCCAAGAGGCCUGCGUGCUUCGAGGUGCUGGAGCAGAUUCUGAGUAUGAAGGUGGUCCACAUCCUGAACAUGACCACAGCUCAGGUCCGCUCCUUCCAGCUGACUCCUGAGGAAAGUCUCCACAGUCUGCAGAAACGCAUCGAGGACGAGACCGAGAUCGAGGUGGUGAACCAGGAGCUGCUGCAGGAGACGGGAGUGUCCCUGGAUCCCAGGAAGCCCGCUGCGCAGUGUGUCCUCGACGGAGUGAGAGGCUGGGACAGCUACAUCGUCUACCUGUUUGACAAGAGCAUCACCAAGUACUCGGGUCCCUUCAGCGCCCGACAGCUGCCAGAUAAAGUCAACACUAUCGUGCAAGAAGCCAAAACUCAGCUCCCCCUGGUCGUGUUGAAGAAGGUUUGGGGUGAAGCAGUGAGCUACAUCUGUGGCCUGAAGGACGACUACAGCCGGCUGUUCCAGGGACAGAGGGCGGCUAUGUUGAGUCUCCUGCGCUACAACACCAACCUGACCCGGUGUAAGAACAGCAUGUUCGGCUUCUCCCAGCAGCUGAAGGCCAAACUGGACUUCUUCAAGAGCAGCAUCCAGUACGACCUGGAGAAGUACAGCGAUCAGAUGCACUACGGCAUAUCGUCGGAGAAGAUGCUGAAAGCCUGGCAGGAGAACGAGGAGCGGGCUGCUGCUUUCGCUCAGGUGGCAGAGGUGAGCCAUCUGGACGAUGAGAUCAUGGCUCUGCACUCAGAGAUUGUGGAGCUUCAGAGGAGUCCGUACGCUCGACGGCAAGGAGACAAGAUGGAACAGCUAGAAGAAAAGGCGAUCGAGCUCUACAAGCAGCUCAAGAUGAAGUGCAAAACUCCUGAGACAGACGUGAGCUGCGACAGCUCUGAGAUGGUGAAGGCGAUCAUCCAGACCGUCCAGAACCAGGACAAGGUCCUCAAAGACCUGUACACACACCUCAGUAAGAUCCUGAUCAGCAAACAGAAGAUCAUCGACUUGUUCCCUCGCAUCGAGAAAACUCUGGAGAACAUCAAAGACGCCGACAACACCGUGAUGCAGAUGCAGAUCAAGAGACAGAGAGAGUUCUGGCAUCUACUCAAGAUUGCCUGUGCUCAAAACUCCUCCAGGAACUCGAUACCGGCGAGUCCCGAGUCCUCCAACCUGCUGCAGGUCUCUCAGUGGUCUCAGUCGGCACAACCAGUCAGCUCCCCUCAUCCCCUCACAUCCCUACCUGGGCCAAACGACAGUGAUGCUGCUCCACGUCUGCUGCAGGAGAACCAGAAGUACCUCAGUCAGCUGACCAGCCUGAUGCAGGAGGCGGCUGACGAUCAGAACAAGAGCAUAGUGGACCAGGACUGGAGCUGGACGAAGUACGAGACUUUAACAACAAAGUUAAAAAAGAGGAACGCGUAAACCGGCCCCCGUCCUCCGUCCCUGCCUGCGCUCCGAGUAACACUAAAGACCGUCAGCUGUUCUCAGACACAGCGGCGUGGUGUCAGACGUUGUACAGUUGUACAUGGACUCCAGAUAUUCUCCUAAAAAACAACCCUGAAAAAAAAGAAGAGAGUCUGCACACGCUCAGUGGGUGUGUGCGCUCCUCCUCCUCGUCUCACACGGUGGAAAGAUUCCACAUGAAGCCGCGUCACACACGCUCCACUUUUUACUUUCGCUGCUUCACGAUUCAUCAUACUCACUUCUGCUGUUAUCGAGCAAACUGUAGCACCAGAUCCGAGGGGGGGGGGUCCUGGUUCAUCACUGGGGGGGAGAGUGUCAGAUGGAAACAUGGGAACUAGAUCAAACUUUGACUUAAAAGGAAAACAGGAAGUGCUCAGAGGUGGGGGGGGGGGGAGGGGAGGGAGGGCGAGGAGGAAAUUACAAUCAAGCAAACAGCACUUUGAUACUCCCACGUAUCCUCUUCUUCAUACCAACGUUAAAGGCUGCCAAACUGUCCCAGGAUUAACACCAGACGAAAACUGUUACCCCCGCUCCUCAUCAGGGUUUAGAUCUCACAGACCGGGGGUUUAGAUCCCACAGACGGGGGUUUAGAUCCCACAGACCGGGGUUUAGAUCCCACAGACGGGGGGUUUAGAUCCCAGAGACGGGGGGUGUAGAUCUCACAGACGGGGGGUUUGGAUCUCACAGACCUGGGGGGUUUAGAUCUCACAGACGGGGGGUUUAGAUCCCAGAGACGGGGGGUGUAGAUCUCACAGACGGGGGGUUUGGAUCUCACAGACCGGGGUUUAGAUCUCACAGACCUGGGGGGUUUAGAUCUCACAGACGUGGGUUUAGAUCUCACAGACCGGGGGGUUUAGAUCUCACAGACCGGGGGGUUUAGAUCUCACAGACGGGGGUUUAGAUCUCACAGACCGGGGGGUUUAGAUCUCACAGACGGGGGGUUUAGAUCUCACAGACCUGGGGGGUUUAGAUCUCACAGACCAGGGGUUUAGAUCUCACAGACCGGGGUUUAGAUCUCACAGACCUGGGGGGUUUAGAUCUCACAGACCUGGGGGGUUUAGAUCUCACAGACCUGGGGGGUUUAGAUCUCACAGACCUGGGGGGUUUAGAUCUCACAGACGUGGGUUUAGAUCUCACAGACGUGGGUUUAGAUCUCACAGACCGGGGGGUUUAGAUCUCAGAGACGGGGGAGUUUAGAUCUCACAGACGGGGGGUUUAGAUCCCACAGACGGGGGGUUUAGAUCUCACAGACGGGGGUUUUAGAUCUCACAGACGUGGGUUUAGAUCUCACAGACGUGGGUUUAGAUCUCACAGACGGGGGGUUUAGAUCUCACAGACGGGGGGUUUAGAUCUCACAGACCGGGGGGUUUAGAUCUCACAGACCGGGGGGUUUAGAUCUCACAGACGGGGGGUUUAGAUCUCACAGACCGGGGGGUUUAGAUCUCACAGACGGGGGGUUUAGAUCUCACAGACCGGGGGUUUAGAUCUCACAGACGGAGGUUUAGAUCCCACAGACGGGGGGUUUAGAUCUCACAGACCGGGGGGUUUAGAUCUCACAGACGGGGGGUUUAGAUCUCACAGACCGGGGGUUUAGAUCUCACAGACGGAGGUUUAGAUCCCACAGACGGGGGUUUUAGAUCUCACAGACGGGGGUUUUAGAUCUCACAGACGGGGGUUUUAGAUCUCACAGACGGGGGGUUUAGAUCUCACAGACGGGGGUUUUAGAUCUCACAGACGGGGGGUUUAGAUCCCACAGACGGGGGUUUUAGAUCUCACAGACGGGGGGUUUAGAUCUCACAGACGGGGGUUUUAGAUCUCACAGACGGGGGGUUUAGAUCUCACAGACGGGGGGUUUAGAUCCCACAGACGGGGGUUUUAGAUCUCACAGACGAGGGUUUUAGAUCUCACAGACGGGGGUUUUAGAUCUCACAGACGGGGGUUUUAGAUCUCACAGACGGGGGGUUUAGAUCCCACAGACGGGGGUUUUAGAUCUCACAGACGGGGGGUUUAGAUCUCACAGACGGGGGUUUUAGAUCCCACAGACUGGGGGUUUAGAUCCCACAGACUGGGGGGUUUGGAUCUCACAGGCCUGGGGGUUUUAGAUCUCACAGAUGGGGGGUUUAGAUUUGAUGUAAAUGUUGUACUGAUGGAAGUUUUUCUAGAAUAAAGAGUUAAAUUUCACAGGCAGAGGUCUUUUUGUUACACGUGUGACAGACUAGGCGAGCCAUCGUGUUUAUACCAUGUCUAUAAUGUACAUUCGUCUUUUAAGUGUAAGAUACAGAGGAGGGGUUCAUGGUCUCAUUCACGUGCACAGAAUAUUUCACGGUGUGGUUUGUGAUGCGUUCAUGUCAGACGGAGGAGAAGGGACUUGACUUUUGUAAAGUGCUUUAAACAGUGUGUCUGCAGUUUCACCAUUUUUAAAAGAAGCAGCAACAAGAUGCAUCAUGUAAACAAUCUACAACCUGAAACAAGAGGACAUUAAGGCAAACUCUAAAGGCUGAUUUAUACUUCUGCGUCUCCCCUACGCAGCAGGGGCUGACACGGACAUGCGCUCUUCAUACUUGUGCAUCGAUGUGUCCGUGUCACGCAGCAGUUAUCCUCCUAAACACUAGAGGGCAGUGUGGUCUCUCUGAUAGCCGGUCGCCUGCUUCCUGCCCCGCUACGAUCUCUGUUUCCUUUCCCACAGAGAUUCAGAGCGUGUUAUGUUAAUCUACAGCUGAUACAUGUUGCUGUUUAUCAUACAGACAUGAUUACAUGAAGAAGAGAGAGGAGGAGAUGAAACACACGGACGAUGAGCGGGGAUCCAGGAAGUGCUGUAAAUGCAGGAAACACAAGGCGCUGAGCGGACCAGAUUCAGAUUCAGAGAACUUUAUUAACUUUAUAUUAUUCUGACAGAAGGAAUAAAAGAAUUUGUGUAUCCGUUUUUUUUCCUGUGAGGAGCGAGAUAGCGCCGCCCUGAGGGCAUUAAGGAGAACUCCUUGGCUAGGAUGUGUUCAGGUUGGCUAAUCAUCCCUCUGGCCUUAUUAGUGAUGCGGGUCUUCCAAAGGGAACCCAGAUCCUGCUGCUGUAUACCAAUCACAGGGCUUGCAGUCUAUGCAGUCGAUCCUAUGUGUAGUUACAUUUUGAAGGAGGAGCCUCUGUGUAGGUACGGGAGCUACGUGCUUCUCCAGCUAAUCCCACAGAUAGGCUCCUCAUUUGACUUAGAUGAGAGGUUUCAUUAACAAGGCAACAAAUUGAAGCACAAAGCCCGUGCAGCAGCUCGCAGCAACACAGACCCGUCAUCUCCGAGGGGAAAAUACCCGACAACACUCAACCACAGGCGGGAUUAUGGAUAUCCGUUUCUUCCUGUGAACUCCACCGGAUCUCUCGUGCAAGAUUUCCUUCUUGGAGAAGCUUGCUUUGAUUUCCUCUGGGAGAAGCUUGCUUUUGUGUUUCCGCUGUUGUUGAUGAGAACUGUACAACAGCUGGAAAUGUGAAGGGGUGUCAGAGUUAAUACAGUGCUGCAUGCAGGCAGGUUGGGGCUACAGGGGAUAAGCCUUCAGAGAGCGACCCCCGGCGUAGGCUAUGCCGUCAAUUUGAUGCAGAAGUAUAAAUCAGCCUUAAGGAUUCAGUCACAUCACUGUCACAGUUUCACUUCCAUCAUAUCAUAAACUUUCUCUCUCAAGCCGUCUUUUUUAAAUGUUGUGAUAUGAGUUCUCUCUUUUUGGUGCACAAAUUAAAGUUUGCAUAAAAACCUGUGGAUGAAAUAUCUUCACGAGGCUUCUUCUGAAGAUGUUCUGCUCAUGAAACUGUGAGCGGAGUCAUGUUUGUGUGGACUCUUUUCAUACUUUAAAAUCUCUGAACAAAAGAAAAGAAGGUAACAGAAGAGAGCAAUCAGAAUCUUUGUUAACAGCAUCAACAUCCAGAUAUUUACCCCAAGAUGAACAGUUAAAGUCUGUACCAAGCGAACACAAUCAGUGAAAAGUUGCUCCAAUCAAUCAAAGUCUGUUUACAGUUAAAUCUCUAAAGGUUGAAAACUGCGGAUCCGUCCUUUAAUCAUCCGUCUGACAUGAACGUGACGUCACGAACGCCGCCCCGUCUCCAUGAAACACCCGUGCACAUCCACCGCCCUGAUGGAUCAUCAGUGUAAAGUAACACAAGCGAUCAGGUCUUGGGUUUUGACAGACCGACUGUUAGACUAUGAACCGACUUCCUGUCAGGUUUCAUUCGGGCCGGAGAGAAAUUCAACCUUCGUGGUUUUAUUUAUGCAGUUUAAGUGCAAUGAAAGAGGUUUUGUAUUUAAGUAAGACAUUUUUAUUUUCAGUCGGAGAAGUGUUUGUUUCCAUCUGAAUGUUUCAGUUUUAAAGUUUCGUUGUAUAAAGAUCAAAUGUUUGCCUGGUGAUGAAAUAAAAAGACUUUGGCAUGAUCCA